AGUAUACUAGUAGUUCUGCACCUCUAAAAAUGGUUUACAUAUUGAUUACUGAACUCGAGUCUACGGGCUCCAUAUCUUGCAAAAUAAAGGGUCUUCCUGUAAUGGACUUGGCUUUGUUGGAAAUGGCUUUAAAUGAUCUUCAUAUAAAAUCUGCUAGAUUGGAAGAUUGUUUUGAAGCUGAUACCAAUGGAGUCAAUUUGCUCAAUAUGUUGAGUAAAUUCCAUUACAAAAUUGUGGGUCAAUCUAUGGUGAUUGAAAAAUCAAACAUUGGAGGAAGAACGGUUCUCAUACAAAUACUUGUAUGGACGUUGGAGAAAGCUACAUAAAUAAUGAAAACUUGUAUUAUACGAAAAAACGUUUAAUAAAUAAAAUUAUGUAGUCUAAAACAAUUAAUUAUACAUUCCCAUUUUCUAUCGUUAAUUCACUUUGGCAGUCACUGGGCACUCUAUCUGUGAAUAACUCUGGAAUCUGUAAACAACAAUAAGUUGAUGAGUAUACCACAUCUUCAAAAAAUAUAUUAAUAUUUAAGUUAUGAGUUGAAGUUAUAAAAUAAUACUGGAAGAGUUGCGCAGUGAAAUAUAAAAUAG